GGAAAGAGACGAGACUUUGCCGCGAAACAGCAGCAGCAUCUCCACUACAGAUCUGUGCACGCUGUAUGAUUAUUGCUUUUUUUUUUUUAAGGAAAAACACUUCGGUUUUCGCAACUCCACUUCCAUCACACGAGCUGGUUGAAAAUGUCUGGUUUUGAUGAUCCUGGAGUGUACUACAGUGACAACUUUGGCGGAGGAGAUGGCCACGGGAUGGACGAAGGAGGACAGAAAAGGAUUCAUAUCAAAAAGCGGUUCCGAGAGUUUCUCCGACAGUUUAGGGUCGGUACGGACCGAACCGGUUUCACUUACAAAUACAGAGAUGAGCUGAAACGGCACUACACUCUGGGGGAAUACUGGGUGGAGGUGGAGAUGGAGGACCUGGCCAGCUUUGAUGAGGAUUUGUCGGAUUGUCUCUACAAACUACCCACCGAAAACCUGCCUCUGUUGGAGGAGGCCGCUCGGGAGGUGGCAGAUGAAGUGACCCGCCCUCGUCCUGUGGAAGAGGAGAACGUACAGGACAUCCAGGUCAUGCUCAAGAGUGACGCCCACCAUGCAUCCAUCCGAAACCUCAAGUCUGAGCAGGUGUCCCGUCUGGUGAAGGUCCACGGUAUCAUCAUUUCAGCCACACCAGUGAAGGCAAAAGCUACAAAAGUUUGUCUGCAGUGUCGGGGCUGUCGCAAUGUGAUCAGUAACAUCCCCCUGCCCCCGGGUCUGCAGGGCUAUGCUCUGCCCCGCAAAUGCAACACGGAAAACGCAGGCAGAGUAAAGUGCCCUAUGGACCCGUACUUCAUCAUCCCGGACCGCUGUGUGUGCGUGGACUUCCAGACUCUACGGCUCCAGGAGUCUCCAGAUGCUGUUCCUCACGGAGAGAUGCCCCGGCACCUGCAGCUCUACUGUGACCGGUACUUGUGUGACCGAGUGGUACCAGGAAACAGAGUGACCAUCCAAGGAAUCUACUCUAUCAAGAAAAUGGCCGCUGCUAAGAGCAAAGGCAAAGAGAAGGCUGCGGGAGUGGGCAUCAGAGCAUCUUACCUUAGGGUUGUGGGCAUCCAGGUAGACACUGAGGGCACAGGUCGUGGUGCCACUGGCUCUGUGACGCCCCAGGAGGAGGAGGAGCUGAGGGUGCUGGCAGGUACUCCUGAUGUGUACAACGCUCUGGCCCGCUCAAUUGCUCCCUCCAUCUAUGGCAGUGAUGAUCUGAAGAAGGCCAUCACGUGUCUACUGUUUGGAGGCUCAAGGAAAAGACUUCCAGAUGGCCUAACCCGCAGAGGAGACAUUAACCUGCUGAUGUUGGGAGAUCCUGGAACAGCCAAAUCCCAGCUGCUGAAGUUUGUUGAGCGGUGCUCUCCUAUUGGGGUGUACACCUCAGGUAAAGGGAGCAGUGCAGCUGGUCUGACGGCCUCUGUCCUCAGGGAUCCCAACACCAGAGGCUUCAUCAUGGAGGGAGGGGCCAUGGUCCUGGCAGAUGGAGGAGUGGUGUGCAUUGAUGAGUUUGACAAGAUGAGAGAAGAUGAUAGAGUGGCCAUUCAUGAAGCCAUGGAGCAACAGACAAUCUCAAUUGCCAAGGCUGGUAUCACGACCACACUGAACUCUCGCUGCUCAGUGCUGGCUGCUGCUAACUCUGUAUUUGGUCGAUGGGAUGACACCAAAGGAGAGGAUAACAUUGACUUCAUGCCCACCAUCUUGUCUCGAUUUGACAUGAUCUUUAUCAUAAAAGACCAUCACGACCAGAACAGAGACAUGACUCUGGCUCGUCAUGUGAUGAACGUCCAUCUGAGUGCUCAGACACAGACUGAGGGGGUGGAAGGUGAAAUCCCACUGGCCACAUUUAAGAAAUACAUUGCCUAUGCCAGAGCAAAAUGUGGUCCUCGUCUGUCUGCGGCAGCUGCAGAGAAGCUGAAAAACAGAUAUGUGGUGAUGAGAAGUGGAGCCAGAGAACAUGAACGUGAGAGUGACAAGAAGCCCUCAAUCCCCAUCACUGUCAGGCAGUUGGAGGCAGUAGUGCGCAUCGCAGAGUCCCUGGCUAAGAUGAAGCUGCAAGCGGUGGCAGGAGAAGAGGAGGUGGACGAGGCUCUUCGGCUGUUCCAGGUCUCCACCCUGGAUGCUGCGUUGUCAGGGAGCCUUUCAGGUGUGGAGGGCUUCACCAGUCAGGAGGACCAGGAGAUGCUGUCUCGUAUUGAGAAGCAGCUCAAGAGACGCUUUGCCAUUGGCUCUCAGGUUUCUGAACACAGCAUUGUACAGGACUUUACCAAACAGAAAUACCCAGAGCACGCCAUCUACAAAGUGCUGCACCUGAUGCUGAGGAGGGGCGAGAUGCAGCACCGUAUGCAGAGGAAGGUGCUCUACAGAGUCAAGUAGUCACUCAAGCCAUGGUCAUGUACAUAGGUCUGAUUUGCGCUUAUUAUGCCAACAGAGCAUUCUUAGAAAUUACUGUCUAAAAAAAAAAAAUGUGGUGAAUUAUUUUGUAUGAAAAAAUGUUAUAAAUGUAUAAUCUUUGGUAAUAAAGUGUUGAAAAAUACAGUUAUAAA